AUGUCAAAACCAUACGCAAUCUAUAAUCCACCCCAGAAUAGUUCCAACUUUGAUCUUCUGAAUAUCUCACACAAAACUGUUGUAUUAGGAGACCUCUACGUCCAUUCCACCAGAUGGGGAUUUAAGAACAUAAACACAGCUGGAAGGGAAAUCGAAGACAUGCUUAAUUAUAGCCCUCUAGAACUUAUUUAUAGCUAUGUGGAUCAUGCUAUAUACCUGCACUACAAUGAAUCCAAAACAACCUCUCACUUGUUCCUGGCUUCAAGCAACAUUGGCGAGCAUACACACCGCAAAAUAAUUGACGAUUCUGGUUCUGGUCACAAACCAGGCAAAAUAAUUGACGAUCCUGGUUCUGGUCACAAACCAGUCCGUGAAAUAAUUGACGAUCCUGGUUCUGGUCACAAACCAGUCACCGCAAAAUAA